CUAAAAUUCAAUUCCAUAUCUUUGUAGAAUUCUUCUCAUCAAGUCACAAUGCACCACUAUUUUGCAGCUUCUAACAGAAUGGAAGUUCCACAAGUUCUUCACAUGAAUGGAGGAGAAGGACAAAACAGCUACUACAGAAACUCAUUGUUUCAGAAGAAGGUGAUUCUGAAAGCCAAGCCUAUAUUAGAAGAAAGCAUAUCAGAACUCUGUCGAACAAACUUACCGAAAUGUCUUAAAAUGGCGGAAUUGGGAUGUUCUUCAGGACCUAAUGCACUAUUACCGCUAUGGGAAAUCAUACAAACAAUCGAUUCCGCUUGUUGUGAGCUGAACAAAAAACCGCCCAUGUUACAGGUUUUUCUGAAUGAUCUUCCGGGGACUGAUUUUAAUACAAUUUUCAGGUUAUUAGUUCCAAGGUUUCAGGAGAAGCUGAAGCAAGAAAAAGGUGGCGAAUUUGGAGGGUGUUUUAUAUCUGCUAGUCCUGGAAGUUUUUAUGGAAGACUAUUUCCACCACAAUCUUUGCAUCUUGUUCAUUCUUCUUGCAGUGUCCAUUGGUGCUCUCAGGUACCUGAAGGGCUUGUAACAGAAUCAGGAAUUGCAAUGAACAAAGGCAAUAUAUGUGUAGCAAAAACAAGUCCUGAAAGUGUAUUAAAAGCAUAUCUGGAUCAAUUUGAAAUGGAUUUUACGACAUUUCUAAAGUUACGUUCAGAAGAAAUUGUUUCUCGAGGUCGAAUGAUUCUCACUAUUACUGCCAAGAAUAAUGACAAUCCACAUUGCAAAUACGGUUCUGAAUUUUGGCCCUUAAUUGGGACGACCUUAAGUGAUAUGGCCGAAGAGGGAGUGAUUGAAAAAUCAAUGUUGGACUCUUGGAAUAUACCAUUGUAUUAUCCAUCUGCAGAAGAAGUAAAAAGUUUAAUUCAGAGAGAAAAUUCAUUCACUAUUUCACGAGUAGAACAAUUUGUGCAGAGUUGGGAUGAUAAUAUUGAAGAUGGCAACACUGAAUUAGUGUUUGAUAAAUGGGAGAGAGGGAAGCAUGUCGCCAAUUAUAUGCGAGCUGCCGCUGAAUCCAUGGUUGUUACUCGUUUUGGCGACGCCAUUAUUGAUGAUUUAUUCGAAAGGUUGUCCUUAAAGGUGGCUCAUUAUUUGGAAAAUGGGAUGGGUUUGUUUAAUCAUCUUGUCAUUUCCAUGACCAAAAAAUGAUUAUUUUCCAGUAUUAUAUAUGUAAAGUUCCCUAUAUAUGCCGUGUUUUCUGAUUUUCAAUAAAAUUUACUUUUUU